GUGCACAUAGUGGAGGAAUAUUAAACUCUAUAUUACUUUCAAUAAAACAAUUCUGUGAUAUGGAUCUCGAUGAUGAAAUUAUCGACAUUGAAAAGAAUGACGACCUUACCAUUCUGGACAAAAGCAUUGCUAAUUUUAAUUAUUCGAAUAACACUAACAUUGAAAAUGAAAAUGAAAAUAGUGAUAUUAAUUUGCUUCUUACUUCAACGAAAUCAUAUGGAACCAUGCGUGAUUAA